GCCAAGUCCUCUCUACAGCACAGCCAGCAGUUCAUUCACUUCUUUUAAGAAGAAUUACAGCUCAGCCUGAUUUUGAAUCUUUGUGAUUUACUUUUCCAAUCCUCCCAAAAGUUCUUGUUACAGAAAAUGCUGCCUGCAACCUUCAAACUGUGUGCUGGCAUCUCCUACAGGCACAUGAGGAACAUGACAGGUCUGAGGAAGAAUGCCAUGGUGGCCAUUCACCAUGAGCUGAACAGAUUGGCAGGUCCCAGCCCCAGUAACUGGAUCAGCCAAGUCCGCCGGCGGAGCUCCCUUCUCAGCUCUCGUAUUAGAGAGGUGGAGGGCUACAGUGAGGAGGAGAUGUCUUAUGUGAAGCAAGGCGAGGAUGCACUGCAGAAGGCCAUCAGCAUCCUCAGCGAACAGGACGGCUGGACCAUUGAAACUGUGGCUGCGAAUGGAGACAAAGUCCUGAGUAAGACGCUGCCUGACAUUGGGAAGGUGUUCAAGCUGGAAGUGAUGCUGGAGCAACAUCCUGACAAUCUUUACAAAGAGCUUGUGGGAAACAUGGAGCAGAUGGGGGAUUGGAACCCAAAUGUCAAACAGGUCAAGAUUCUUCAAAAGAUUGGCCAGGACACAAUGGUUACCCAUGAGGUGUCUGCAGAGACUCCUGGUAAUGUGGUGGGACCGAGGGACUUUGUGAGCGUCCGCUGUGCCAAGCGCCGGGGCUCCACCUGCUUCCUGGCUGGGAUGUCCACUCAGCACCCGAAAAUGCCAGAGCAGAGGGGAGUGGUCAGAGCGGAGAAUGGACCCACCUGUAUAGUCAUGAAGCCGUGUGCCGAAGACCCGAAUAAGACCAAGUUCACCUGGUUACUAAAUAUAGAUUUAAAGGGCUGGAUCCCAAAGACAAUCAUAAACAGAGUGCUCUCUCAGACGCAGGUGGACUUUGCCAACCACCUCAGGCAAAGGAUGGCUAAUAAUGUUUCUAUGGAGAUGGCUCACGCCUGCUGACACAAGGUGCCUCUCGAGCUUUGGCACAGUGCACUCAGCAGUGGAAGGAGAGCAAGCCCUGCUCAUUACUGAAUCAUAAAAAAACCUGCUGAAGGAAUACGAAAACCCAGAGAGAGUCAAGGAGAUCGCGACGAAGAUGCUGCUUGUGAAAAUCUGAGCACAGAUGUUGGCUUCAUUUGGCAAAUUUGUGUUUUUCCUACCCCUCUUUCCCCUUUUUCCUGAACCUGUCAUGAGAUCUUACGCCCCGUGUUUCUCGAUUGUUUCCGACACGUUCACUCCGCUCCACCUUUGCAGAGUCAGUGUGAGCAGUAAAACAUGUAACAAACUACACAUCGUUUCCUUCAGAUAACACUCCAGUUAUUGCCCCCCCCCCCCUUGUGAAAUUGCACUUUUAUUUCAGUGAUUUAUUUAUUGAUUUAUUGAUCACACUAGGGUUACUACAACUGCCAAGUCAAUAAACGAUUGUAAUGUCAGUGAUAUUUUAUGUCUUUAUGCUUGUAUAAUGCUGGUGGAGGAGAAGAAAAGCCAUUUUGGAUAAUGAUCACUCUGUCCUUUCAUGAUGCAUGAGAAAUAAAAAGCCCAUAAAACA